AUGGCUGGACCAAGCCUGGGUGUAUUCCUUGACAUCGAGAGUUCUCCUCGGAUUACCAGUCCAUUGCCUGCAGUGCAGAAGAAGCAGGGGAUGGCACAGCGUGAUAUGGAACUGAACAAGAUCCACCCAGCACGAAAUCUAGACCAAAUAGCCUAUGAAGCAGGAACGCACGAACCUAACGGACUAUCUAUACCCACACAAGGUGCAUUGCAAAGUCGGAUGCCUUUGCCGGUCGCUGAAAAUGCGACUACAAUUGAAUGGGCCCCGGACCGAACAGUGACCCCUUGGAAAACCAAAUGGCGACUCAUGAGUGCGUGCUUGAUGCUUUUUGGAAAUGGCAUGAAUGAUGGUGCCCCUGGUGCUUUACUACCCUAUAUGGAAAAGCACUACCAAAUCAGCUAUUCCAUUGUUUCGUUAAUUUUCGUGGGCAACGCGCUGGGCUUCAUCUCUGCCGCCCCCGUCACGCAUUUAAUCGAGCAAAAGCUCGGGCGCUCCAAAAGCUAUGCCUUCUCGAUGUUCCUUCUAGCUGUGUCUUACAUUGUCAUCGCCUGUCAACCUCCAUUUCCAGCGGUCGUGUUUUGUUUCUUCUUGCUGGGACUCGGCGUGGCCCUGAAUUUGACCCUCAACAAUACAUAUAGCGCUAAUCUGGCCGAUAGUACAACAGCUCUAGGACUGAUAUGCGGUGCAUAUGGUAUUGGAGGCACCGUAGCGCCCUUGUUUGCGACUGCUAUGGAAUCGAAUGGCAUUCGGUGGUCGCUUUUUUACACAAUUCCUUUGGCAGUCUGUCUGAUCAACUUUAUUUUUGCCCCGUGGGCAUUUUCAAACUUUGAGCAAGAUACCCCGGCUGAGUCCCAACGUGGACUCCGUACGGCUGUCGAGGGGUUGGGUAUCGAAGAAGAACCCUUGACCCGUACUCAACUUCUCAAAAAAGCCAUACGGAACCGCACCACGCUCUUGGGGGCAAUAUUCAUUUUUGCAUACCAAGGGGCCGAAGUUUCUAUCUCCGGUUGGGUGGUUUCUUUCCUCAUCAACCACCGACAUGGUGACCCUUCUCGGGUCGGAUAUGUCAGCUCCGGAUUUUGGGCCGGCAUCACCGCUGGACGGUUUCUCUUGACCCACCCUGCCACAAAGCUGGGUGAAAAGGUUACCGUGCUGGGGAUGGUCAUUGGGGCCGUUAUCUUCCAGCUCAUGACUUGGCUCAUUCCGAAUGUCAUCGGGGAGGCCGUAGCAGUGGCCAUCCUAGGUGUAUUAUUGGGAGCGGUCUAUCCAUGUGCCACAUCGGUCUUUACAAAGCUCCUGCCUCGGAAUAUGCACAUCCCCAGCCUAAGCUUUGUCAGCGCCCUAGGCAGUAGUGGUGGUGCGGUAUGGCCAUUUCUGACAGGUAUUCUAUCACAGCAUGUGGGGACUAUGGUACUACAUCCAAUUUGUAUUGGGUUGUAUAUUGUGAUGGCGACCAGUUGGCUUCUGUUACCUAAGAUCUCCAAGAGAUCAGAGUAA